UGGUGAUGCUGGUGAGCGUGACCUCGCUGGCCACCAUCAGCUUCGACCGGAUGAUCGGCGUGGCGUACCCGUUCCACAAGCACCUCGGGGCGUGGGGCUCGAGGGCCAUCAUCGUCGGGUUCUGGGUCCUGUCCGCCGUGCUCGCCCUUCCCUUCAGCUUCUACAGGGUCUAUACGGUGCGCAUCUGGCAGGACAUGACGGAGCGCACGUGCGGCGAACAGCGCGACGAACUGCGCAUCUGGUGGAUAGCCGUCAUCAUCGCCCUCACGUGGCUGCCGCUGCUCAUCAUGGUCAUCUCCUACACGGUCAUCUUCGUGUACCUGCGGAAGGGCGCCCCGUCCACGGCCAGGAGAGAGCACCCGGCCAUCCUGCACCUGAAGAAGCGAGUGGUCAGGAUGAUGUUCGUGAUCGUGCUGGUGUUCAUCCUGAGUUGGCUGCCCUUCCAGAUCAUGAAAAUCUUCGAGGACAAAUACAUCGAUGAUUCUGGCCAGUAUCUGCCGGAUCAAGAAGCCGAGUAUAAGGUAUUACUGAGUGUCUCGCAUUACAUGAUGUAUACCAACACUGCUGUCAACCCUCUGAUUUACGCCCUUAUGCACCAGACAUUUAGGCGUGCAUUUAGGGUGACGUUCACCUGCUUCUACCGCAAGAAGCGACAAUACCUGCUGAAUACAGAGAGACAAGAAUCAGAGUGCGCGUAUCAGCGCUCUACAGGAGACCGAACACAAGACACAGAGUACAAAGUCUAUACGAUGCAGCCUCAUCUCUGUGAUGUCAGCGCCUCACAUGCGCGAGCUUAA